AUGUCGGAUUUCAGAUCCCAUCGGGUUCCCCCACUCCUGCAGCCCCAGGGGACAUCCGUCUCUAGCAGUGCUUCCAUCUUGGGGAGAAGUGAUGGCUAUCCAGGCACGUACACGUACCGAGGAUCAUUCCCACCCCCACCACUGUCAAGCCUGGGGGAGAUUGGCAGGAUGCCACCGUAUACAGCGACACCACGAGCUCUAGAGAGCUCCAUCGAGCGGACUCAGAAUCUGUAUCUCGGACCAGGGAUGUUAAUGGAUCCCGUCCAGCCGCGCUUGCCACAACCGGUUGCAGAUGCCCCUCCGUUCCAUGAAACCUAUAAUAUCCAACCGAUAGUCUCGGGGGCUCAAUCCAUCAAACCUGAGAUCCAGGCUAAGAUUCACAAAGGCUUCUUCCAGGUUGAUGAGAAGUGGACUUGUUAUAGACGCAACUACUUUUCCGUCUCAUGUUCCUUCUCUUUGCAACCUUGGGCACCCAGCCAGCAACUUUAUGUUAAGUUCUCGGAACAAGCAACCGAACGCAUUCAGACAUGGUCGAUGUCUAUCUCAGCUAUAGUGAACGCACAGUAUGGAGAACCUCGAGAGCUGGUUCAGCACACCCCUAAACGGGACAAGCAAUCGGAAUCGAAACCGAAGAAAAUUGUCCUACAGCCGUCUCAGCCCCCGCCGCUGGUUCUCAGCCAUGGAGCGUCAUCCACCAGCACUCAGCAUAGCUUUUCAUUGGCCUCGCAGUCACCUGGGUUGUCGCUGGAUUACAGCCCAUAUGCAAAUACUGCCCAGCCGUCGCACCCUCCCACACAGCACACGUUCGAACGGAUUCAGUUCCAGAAGGCAACGGCGAACAACGGAAAGCGACGAGCCCAGCAGCAAUACUACAACCUUGUGGUUGAACUCUACGCGGGGAUUUCCAACCCUGUUCCGGGAGGCGAACCCUAUCAAUGGAUCAAGGUUGCCAGACGGCUUUCGCACCCAAUGGUUGUUCGGGGGCGGUCCCCGGGCCAUUACAAAGACGGCCGGCGCGAUGGUUCGACAAGUAUGGGUCCGGAUGGGGGGAGCGGUGGCUCCGGUGAUGGAAGUGGAGGGGCUGUCCUACCUUCAGGCUUAGGAUCAGCUGCACGGUCUCACUUCAUCAUGCCGUACGACCCUUCUCAGCGCAAUGGUCCACAUUACGGUCGAACAGAUUACCAUCAAAUGACAUCGUCAGACCAGUCACCGCUUAGCGAGAGUCCGCACAUAUCGUCAUCCUCGUCAUCCACGUUUGAUAUCGGACUCAACACCAUGGAUCCCAUGGACUCGAUGAAAAGCACGUCCAGUAUGGAUUCUUAUCAGGACCCGAAUUUCACUGGCAUGAAUAACCGAAAGCCACCAAGCCAUUUUCCCCACCAACUUCCCUCUUUCGACUUUGAGCCCAUCUCUAAACCAGCCGAAGAGACCAAUCAUUCAUUUCCUGGGACGUAUGACUCUCUGGUACCUCUUUUGACAAAUGACCAGCACGAACCUCCCCAUUACAUGAAGCAUGCCCAUCGGCCAGCUUCUCACAUGUACCAGCACUCCAGUAGCAGUGGUUACGACCCCAUCUACUCGGCUGCUCGCACCGCUGACGGUACCUCUUAUGGUCGUUUUCCCAACACUCCAAGUCUGUGCGUUUAG